GUUUGACCGGUUGCUCCGUCACUGUGCCUGAUUGAAUUUACUCGCAACAAACAUUACAGUCCUGAUGGGAUGUAUGAGCGGUGUGGUCAGUUGGCAUUGCAAGAGCCGAGCAUAAACGAGUGAUCAGACUGAAAUAUUGGACCGAAUGAAGGGAAAUGGACGCUUUUGAUUUGUGAUCGAUGCUUCGUUCAACAACAUGGAGACUACAGGGCCAACACCGAAGAGUGAAAAGCAUCAGUUGCUGUAACAGUGGAAUUAGGAGAGGAUAAAGGAAAGAAGGCACGCUGUCUUUGACAAUCUAACAAAGAGAAAGCAAGAACAAAAAUGCCUGACCUUCAUCCUUCAUGUUUCUGAGUAUUUUUGCGUGACAAGUAAAGUGAAACAGAAUUCGGCACUUAGGUGGAUGUACUGUAAUGUCGUUAUAGAAGAGGGACUUGAAUCAUCAGUUCCACUAUAAUUUAUCAAAAACAGAACCGGAAAAACGAAGAUUUACAGCUAUGAUGCCGAUGCCACCGAUGCUUGCCUAUCCACAGCGGGCAACCCCCCGUAAGAAGUCCACCAAAUGGCACGGUGCUCUCCCCGUAAGCGCUAUCGAGAAAGUUCUUGCCCAGGACAACCGGUUCGCUGACAGCCUCCUGACGGAGAAACUGAAGCGUAUUAGAACCGAUCGGUACCGCGCUCAGAGGCUUCUGGACUGGCAAGAGCAGAGCUUCGUUUUGCGGCAGGCUAUCAAGGAGACGGAAUUAAGGGAAAUGGGUAUCCCACACACAUCCUUCUUGCCGGAGAUUGUCAUGAAAAUGACAGAGCCUGAUGUCCGAGCCCGCCGGCCGUUUGGAAGAGUGCGCCGCAGCGUAACUGAGGAAGAACUCAAAGCAGAUAAGACGAGUAAAGCUCCGCCUUUUCUGAAUGACCUCCAGACACGAGACAGUAGACGGACUGUCACAACAGUCAAGUCAGAUCCCUUCCUGGAGGAUGCAAACAACAAAGACAUCUUCACCCGACUUCACGGGAUUGAUCUGCCUCUCUACGGCCCACAGUCUGACGCUAAACGCGAAAAGCGCGAGAGGGAAUUUGUGCACUACCUCCAACGACAGCAGACCAAAGCUAAAGUCACCCUCGACCCCAGGUUCAGGAAGUUGGAGCAGUCUCUGAUUCGCGAUGAGACAAACCUGUUAGUUAAGCUGCCGAGGGGGGACCAGAAACUCUCACCAACCAGCAAUAAGAACAAUAAUGAUGAUGAACAAUUAGUGCACAACGAUCUCCGUGUUGUGACUAAAUCUGCCAAGGUCAUACACAAAGUGCAAACUGAACUCGCGCGGAAACCUAAAUCGGUUUUUGCUAAGUCCGUAUGGAUCGACUUUUCGUGAGCUUUGACAACUUGUGGGUUUUUCUGAAUUGAAACAAGUCUGCUUCAGUUUUAACUUGACAGAAUACUGGUAUGUGGAGACUCCUAGAGACACUCCAUAUCCUUUAACCCACAAGCUAGUACGUAGAAAUUAAACAACAAAAGCCAACGAAAAUUGCUCAAACAAUGACUAUUGAUGGUUUCCCGACAAGGACGGUCUUCAAGAAAUACUAAAGAUCGUUGAUUUGAAACCACAACCGCGGAAUCUGAUCGUUUUGCAGAUCAACAAUAACCCUUAUUUAAAUUCUUCUUUAUUAUAUCUAAAAAUCGCAAAUCCUAUAUAUCACCAAAGGUGAUUUCUGCAAACUUUAACCGCCCCAAAAAACAGGCAGUAAUAUGAGAGAGUUCUUGUUUUUUCAUGGCUUAAGCUACUACUAAUUCGAAGUAAUUAAAGAUAUUGCUUAGCUAGUUUGAUCUAAAAUGUAAAAUAUAUUUCAAUUACCUCCUUUCCAGAAAAUGGAGUACCUUGUUAAUGACUGCUUUCAAAAUAACAAAAUGUGACCAAAAUACUUAAUGUGUAUAUAAUACUUGUAAACUGCAGUGUACAUAAUGUUGAAAGCCAAUCACAAAAAGAAUGACGAGAUGUCACAUACAAAACA